AAAACAGCCACACACACGCACUCACGGCAGCUUCAUAUGACGCGGCGCAGACCUGCGGAUUUCCAAACACCUCUGCGCUAUUUUUUUGACUCUCUUACAUAAGAAGACGCUCCUUUUUACUUCUUUUUUAAAUUCUCUUUUCGUCCCGAUGUGCGGGAUGUGCGCGACUUUUGAGCUUUAGUUGCUCGGAUGGUUCCAGGAGCGCUUUCCAAGUGCGCAAAAACGUGCCUUCUGCCAUUCAACCGACUGAUGCCCCCCUCUCUGUCUGAGUCGCAGUGAAUCAUGUCACGCCGGAAGCAGAAGCGACCCCAGCAUCUCGUUAACGCGGAUCCGGGGGGCCCACGGCUGCUAUCUCACGAUGAUCACCUGGGCAUGAAGUCACCAUCCACAUCUCUUGGCUCAGAAGUGACCUCAUCAGGAUCGUCCUCCUCAUCCCCCACCUCUCUUCAAGACUGCCAGCCGCCUCUGGCCCCUCGCCCAUCCCCUGGUGGGCUCCACGCGCCCUCCUUGCCCAGUGAGAGCUCACCUCCUCCCCACUGGCCCAGCCACAUCGCCCCCUUCACCACAUCCCUCCCAAACACCCACUCUUCCCUCUCCCCAGACUUCCCUCACCCCUCGCUGUCAUCCCAAACUCACUCACCUCCUCCCUUGGGUCAAACCUCAGGUUCCCACAGCCUGUCCCACCAAGGAAACUCUCACUCCACCAUGACCUCCCCCCCGAUGGGCAGCUCAGCCACCACCACUACCUCCUCCUCCUCUUCCUCCUCCUCCUCUUCUCAGUGUGUGCCGCCUCACCGCGACAGCGCCAGUCCAGGUCAUCAGCAGGCCUCAAGCUCUCCGGGGCAGCAGGGACAGAUUCAGGUCUCGCCAACCCUGGCUGUGCUCCUGGAGGAGCUGAGGGUUUUACAGCAGAGGCAAAUCCACCAGAUGCAGAUAACAGAGGAGAUCUGUAGGCACGUUCUGAGGCUCGGAGGCGCUGUCUUUGGCCAAGAUAGUAACAACACACAAGCCAGUGGUGCAGACAGCAACCAGAAGUCCACAGGAGCAGCAUCUUCGUCACCAACACACCCCUCCACUGCCACGCCAGUAACCACAGCCUCAUCGCUCUUGACUGGCCUCCCAUCUUCCCUCUUCCCCCAGCCAUCCGUCUCCAAGUCAGGUACUUCACAUGUCAAUGGCAGCAGAGCUUCAUCCUCCUCUACCUCUUCUUCAUUAUCUUCCUCGUCUAUUUCAUCUACCAUCAGCUCCUCUGCAGCCUCCCUACACCCUCUGUCCUUGUCAUUGGGGCUACCGCCACGCUACCUCCACGAGAAAUCAUCCAACACUUCCUCGUUUGGUCAUAGCAAUGGUAUCAGUUUCCCGACUCCUCCCCUUCCUACCACCAGUCAUUCCCAGGAUCUCCAGCCCAGCUCCUCCCUGGGCUCUGCCUCCUCUUCAGGACGCCCUCAACAUGUGUGCCGUUUUUGUGGGAAGGUGUUAAGCAGCGACUCAUCACUCCAGAUCCACCUGAGGUCACAUACAGGUGAAAGGCCCUACCAGUGUCCAGUCUGCUUGAGCCGUUUUACAACCAGAGGGAACCUCAAAGCUCAUUUCCUGCGACACAGAGAGCAGAACCCAGAGCUGUCCCUCUCCCUGCUGCCCCCAGCACUGUCAGAGCAAACACAGAGUGCUCCCGGUCCCAUCCAGAGGAGGAGAAAACGGCGGGCUGAUGAUGACGAGCCAUUUAAUGCAGUGAAAGGAAGCAUUCCCGGGAUGGCAGACAACAUGGCUUCUUUAGGAUUCCUGUCUGGUGCAUCUGCUCGGCCCUCGCCCUCCUCUCUACCUCUGCCCCCCUCAGUGGAUAUGGCGUUGCUGUCCACAGCCCAUUCACUGCUACAGCUGAACAGAGCCUCGGCUGCAGCUGCUGCCAGCGCAUCUACCACCGGACUGCCUUCCUCAUCUUCGUCCUCGUCUUCCACCUCCACCAUGGGCAGCCAGUUCAAAGGAGCAAAGCAGCAGCGAUUUGAUGAAAACACCCCCCCUCACUCCACCCUCCAUACAACCUCCCCAUAUUCCCAGCUGGCCCACCUCCCCAAGAUUCUCUUCCCUGGCGGUACCUCCCCUCAUCACCUUGCACUUCUCCGGCCCCCGGGCCACCCAUCGGCCUCCCACCUCACUUCACCUCAUCAGCUACCCUUCCCCUUUCCACCUUUCCCCAAACCAUCAACCUCCUCCCCCUCUUCAUCCUCUCCCACCACCUCUAUCCAGACCUCAGACACCUCCAAGCUGCAGCGCCUGGUACAGAAGCUUGAAAAGCAGCCACAAGGAGGUGCCUCUUCUUCGUCCACCUCCUCGCAAUCACCUGCUGAAGCAAACGGGGACACACAUGGCCAUGACUUGUCCACCACCUCCAGUGCCUAUCGCAGGGAAAUGUUAGCUGCUCUCGGCCUGAGCCCAAGUGCCAAUGCUGCUGGAUUAGUGACCAGCCAGGGAGUCUCAGGUUCUAGCACUACAACAACAACGACUACCCCUUCUCUGCCUACAGUUCAGGCUGCAAAUCAGUGUGGAGUGUGUCUGCGUGUCCUCAGCUGCCCCAGAGCUCUGCGUUUGCACCAGGCCACACAUCUGGGAGAGCGCCCAUUCCCUUGUAAGCUGUGUGGCCGUUCGUUCUCCACCAAGGGCAGCCUCAGGGCCCACCUGGCCACUCACCGCGCAAGACCAGCCAACUCCCGUGCCUUAAACUCCUGCCCAUUGUGCCCACGCAAGUUCACCAAUGCUGUGGUUCUUCAGCACCAUAUCCGCUUGCACCUAGGAGGGCAAAUACCACCUGAUGAAGAUAUACCUCCUGAAGAUGUGGCGGAAACACAGGAUGCUGUCUUCAAUGACAAUAACUCCCCAUCUAAAGCCCAACAACUUCUCCCUCUGGCCUUAACAACAAGGUCCAAGUCUCCAGCUGAAGCUCUCAACUCAGGGUCGAAGAAAUCCACAGCAGCUGAUGCCACCUCUGUGAAGACGGAAGAAUCGGAAGGCUCAACACCCAGUGUUAGCCCACCCCUGACCCGUAAUCCCCCCUCAGUGGGAGUUGAGGACCCCCUGCAUCUGGGAGACAACGCCCUAGCUGAUGGUAGCCCCGCGAACGGCUCCAUGUACUCUGAGGAGGAGACCCACACUGACCUGGGCAGCACCAGCCCAUUCAAAGCACCCUUAGCUAGUUCUCAUUCAGAUGUAGUGAAUAAAGACGCAGAGGCAGAUGACACCCCUUUGUCUCUCUGUGUUUCAAAGCCUGGAUUAGAAAAUGAUGCAGAGGUUAGUAAUGAUGAAGCCUGCUCCACAGAAAAGCCCACCACAAGUCCUGAUCCUAGCCCCAAACCACCAGCUGCGAAUCCCUCACCUGCACUCACCCCACCUGCCAGCCCAAAAGCUAUUCCUGAAGCAGAAGAGGCCUGUGGCAGUCAACCACAGGAGGCACAGGAGAGAGAUGCAGCCCAAAGCAAAGGCAUUAGUGAGACCACCAGAGAGCCUUUACCAGUGUUGGAUCCAGAGCCGGAGAAGGACGCUCCCAUGGAGGGGGGUCAUGGUGUGCAGGAAAAGCCCUCAGAGGACCCAGAGCCCCCUGUCCCAGCACCAGCACUGCACACCCAGCCUGCUCGUCCUGACAAACCCUACAGCUGCUCCCAGUGUGGAAAGGCAUAUGCCAGCCGUAGUGGACUUAAGGGCCAUAUGAAAACUCACCCUGGAGUGUCAACCAACACCCCCUCCAAGGCUCAAACCAAUGACACUGAUAUUGCAGAGGAACCCAGCUCACAUUCAGCCAAUAAGAACCCGGUACAGCAGGAGGAAAAGCAGGGAUUGGCUCAAUCCUCGGGAGAAGGUGACAGCACAGAUCCUCUACCCAUCAGUGUUGUUUCUAAUGUGGCGGCCGAGCCUAUGGACACUACUGCGUAGACAAGUUAGCAUCCUUAAAUGACAGUCUUUAAAAAGGGUCCUGACAAGGGAAUGUAUUUUUUUAAUAGAAUAAGAUUUGUUUUCUAGAGUUAUUAAUUCUAAUUCAUGUUUACCUUUUGUAUUAGGCAGAUAGAUCUAGUUUGUAUUGUAGUAACAUUGCAAGAGAUUUGUGAAUGUAGUAUUUUAGCCAUGUAUUUUUGUAUUUCAAAGACCACAGUGAGGCCUUAUCUUACACACUUCACAGAAUUGUCACAAUGAGAAUUAAUUGUUUGCGCUUUUCUUUUGCUGACACCUAUUUCAGCACAUACUUUCUAAGCUGAUUGGAAUAAGAGGGACGGUCCAGCGUUUAACAAGAUGAACUCCAUACCAAAACAGGCCAAAUUAGUAAUGGCCAAUGAUUGUAAAUAUGAGCUGCGGUUACAUUUAUGCCUUUUUAUUGUUACUUUCUUCUUUCCUUUGUUUUAAUGCCAUGCUGCUGAAAGCAUGUUUAAGAUGUGCUGAGUUGCACUGCGAGUUGCACUGUGUCCUGUGCUGCCGAAACAUCUUCUUAAAGGCAUACUUCACCAUCACAUAAUCAUUUGUAUGUCAUUUACUCACCCCCUGUUGCACUGAAUUUCAGAGGAAAAUGUUGUUUUUUCUGGAAUGCAACCACAGUGAACAAAGAAUCAAAAAAUGGAGAAAAUUCUUGAUAAACUGAACUCAUAGGGAUCCAGGUUUAACAGCUGCAGAACUAUAUAUAAACAUCUGUUUACAAACUCUCACACAACUCGUGAGGUAUAAUCUAAGUCUUCACAAACAUGCAUUUUGACUAAAACCUUACUAUUUAAACAGUCUCAUGCGCAAAUGAGAUGUGGCUUAGGGACUGUCCCAAUCUUCAUGGACACAUUACUUUAUAUACAGAGUGCAUCAGAAAUGAAACCCUAAAACCUGGAAAUGAUUUAUCAUUUUAGCACUCCAGGUUCUCUUGUCUUAGAGUCUUAGGGUUUUUUGUUAGAUGCCUGAAAUAAGGUCUGUGGGUAACACAAGCUUAAGAAAUGUUCACGUUUUGUUUUAUGACAUAAAAUGCGUCAGACAAUACCCCACAUGUGAAUUUUGAAACUUUCAUGUGUCUUAAAAAGGUGGUUUCUAACAAGUAGCUAAAUGAGACUACAGAAUGUCAUCGCGCCGAACCGACUUGACAGCCUCGUUCAGGUGGCAACGUUAUGUUGUGUCACUGUGGUGUAGUGUGUUUAUAGCCGAACAUCAGGUUUUUACUUUUAGGGAUUGCAUUAAAGCUUUUAAAAAUCAUUAAAGUGGUGUUCAAUUGCGAGGAGUAUCUUACUGAACAAAACGUGUAGCUAUAAUAAACAUUUGUUAGCCAAAGAGCUUAUUUUCUGCAAUAGGCCUAAUCCAAAAUCCAAUGGAAACCCCAUUGACUUUUUUGACGAGGGAACCAGGCUGACACUAACUUUCAUGUAAUCAUCGCUGGAGCACUCUAUAGUCCCAGCUAAAGUUAGAUAAUGUUAGCAAAACUCUAGCUAACUAGCUAGCCUACGCAAAGCUACAUCAAGAGGAGCAAGCCUCAUUUCAGAUCAGCAUCAGCCAGAUUUGCAUCGUCCUUACUUCUGUGGUAACUUUAAAGAGAUUUGGACAGAUCCAGUGGUUGCUGACAUAAUUUUAAGAUCAGAUGAAUUAUCGUUAGCCAAAUCAAAGCUAACGUUCCUUUCUUUUUAUUACCACCAUAAGGCUGCGUGCUGCCCCGAAGUAACUAGCGUACCUUUCUACAGUAAAGAGAGACAAACAUUAGGUCUGCUCCAGGUCAGUAAUAAAUUCAUAGAGUACUUUCAAUGUUGACUGAUAGUCUUGUCAUCCUCUCGUCAUUUUGCCUUGUUCAUAAAAGAUAAUAUCAUGAUCGUUUGCUUCUUAAGCAAUAGCCUAUUGCUUGAAGCCGAAAAACUAUCUAAUAAACAAUGUGGCCCCCGGCUAAGCGGAAUGGACACCGCCAUGCUUUUUUGGUCAAGUUUGUUCAACGGGCGAGACUAAGAUUUGGUCAGUUCAUCAAGAAUGUUAGACUUUUUUGGAUUCUUCGUCCACAUAGGAGGAAUGCGAGAAAAACAAAGUUGUCUUCCCAUUUUCAACAUAACAAGCGGGGAGUAAUUGAUGUACAAAUGAUCAUUUAGGGGGGUGAAGUAUUUCUUUAAACAAACACAUUAGCAAUGGUGAUAACCAUGACGAUAAUGAUGACGAUGAUUGUGUUGGAUUAUCCGUACUUCUGUGAACACUCCUUGUACUUACAAAAUUUGCUAGCAGCAAAUUAUUCAUACUGAUGAUUGUAAAUGUUUUUUUUUCUUGUUGUCGACGCGAUCUGAAGAGUCAAGGAUGAGUCCGUUAUAACUCCCCCUCCUUUAUCUUUCCUUCUCCCCCUCUUCUUCCCGCUGCUCUCCUCUCUCAGAGCACUUGAGAGUUUUCUGCUCCUGCAGAAAUAGUCUGCACUGCAUUCCUGCUUUGCCCAGUUUUAUAUGCUCUGUAAACCCCUUUUUUUUGUAGCAAUGACAAAAUGUGUUCCCAUGCCUCCCAUGUGAUGUAUAAAAGAUAAAUAAAACAAUGUGAA